AUGGAGAAUGCUAAUAUGCCAUCAAAGUUUAGGCCGAUAAGUUUAUGUCAAUCAUUUUAUAAGAAUGUUGCUAAAGUAUUUAUUAAUCGCCUAAAACCUGUGCUGAGUACUAUCAUCAGUGAUGAGCAGGGGGCUUUUGUUCCAGGUCGAUCUAUAUCCAGUCAUGGGCUGAUGGCACAGGAAAUGAUGAGUAAGUUUAAGUACUCUAACCAGAAAUCUGGACUUAUGGCUUUGAAGAUUCCAAAGUUCACUGAUGAAUGGGAACAGGACAAGCGUGGAGUGCAGCUUGGAGUCCAGGUGGCUAGGAACACAGUAAGUAUUUCUCACUUGCUGUACGCUGAUGAUAUCCUUGUUUUUGCAGAAGCCAGCAGGUGCAAUGCCCGUUGGAUUAUAAAUAUAUUGGGAGACUAUUGUUGCUGGACUGGACGGAAGAUUAAUUGUGGCAAGUCUGCUAUUCUUUUUAACAGAAAGUGCCCAAGUUGGAGGAAGGGGAUGAUUGCUAGAAAGAUGGGAUAUAAAAAGGUUGAUUCACUGGAAUAUCUUGGCCUUCCUCUUAUCAUGAGGAGGCUGAAUGGGGCUGAUUUCUCCAAAAUUUUGAGAAUUGCAUUUGAGAAGAUCAACCUCUGGGGCAGAAAACAUCUUUCACUUGCUGGCAGGGCUCUCUUGAUUAGAACUUCAUUGUUAUCUGUUCCUAUGUAUGCUAUGACCCAUAUUUCUAUUCCUAAUGGAGUUCUUAUGGCUAUUGAAAAAAUGGGGAGGCGGUUUUUAUGGCAGAAAGAUGCUAGCAGCCGUGGGAUGCAUUAUGUUGGGUGGAAGGAAUUGUGCCAACCGACGGAGUUUGGGGGGCUUGGCUUUCACUGUCUUACUCGGUGGAAGGGGGCCUUGCGUGCACGGGUAGUGUGGGAUCUCAUUCAGAAUAAGGAUUCUAUUCUUUACAAGGUGUUGGUGGCAAGGUAUGGUAUGAAGAUAUGGGAAUAUGAUCAUGGGAAGAAAUUCUCUGUUACUUGGAAGGUGAUCCAAGAUGGUGCUAAGGUGUUAAGACCAAUUCUCAAGUGGAACAUUGUGGAUGGAAGCCAAAUUGAUGUGAUGCAUGAUGUGUGGAUUAUGAAUCGUAAUAUUGCUAAGUGGUUAACAUUUGUUAACAUUAAAGAAGUGGAAAAUAUGAAGGUCUGUAACUUGCUGAAUAACUCGUUUCAGUGGAAUGUUGAGAUGGUUAAGCAUUAUUUUGGGAAUACUAUGGCUGAACGUAUCUUAGACAUUAAUAUCUCCACUAAGAGUCAGGAGGAUUACCCGGAGCUCAUUUAUUCCAGGUUGAGUAUGACAGUUAUGGCAAUGGCUUAUAGAGAUGGUGAGGAGAAAGGGAACUAUGAAUUCAGUUGGUUGAAGCAACUGAAACUGCACACACGGGAACAUUUCUUUUGGUGGAGACUAUUGAGGGAUGCCAUUCCAACCACUCACUGGUUGAAUAGAAGAACUUUAGUUGAUACAUCUCUAUGCCCGUGGGGAUGUAAUGAAGAGGAGAAUUUAGAUCAUUGCUCGGCCAGGUGCACUAAGUUGAAGCAGGUGAUGGAAAUUCUUUGCAAAUGGGGGUUUAAUUUGCCUAUUGUUAAUUCCCUGGUGGAUCUAGAGGUUGAAUUGCUGAAGUAUGCUGAGAAUAAUCCUAGCAUGGGAAGGAUUUACUGUUAUACAGUAUAUCAAGUUUGGAGAGCCCGGAAUGAUAUGAAGCACCAUAAUAUGUGUAGAUUUCCUUCUGUUAUUGUUGCUGCGGUGCUUUCUUUGCUGCCAAAACCUUUUAAAUGGCCAAUGCUGGAGCAACGGGUUGCCGUCUCACAAUCUUUGGUUGGCUUGGGUGUUAUAGCUCGGAAUCAGUAUGGGAAAUUGGUUGUUGCUGCGGGGAGAAGGAUCGAACACUGGGAUGUUUUGCAGGCAGAAAUGUUGGCAGCAAUGGCAAUCCGUGAGAUUUUCAUGGAUUGGAUGUUUGAGCUGGAUGGAAUCAUUAUAGAAGGAGAUUGUAUUAAUGCAAUAAGGUGGCUGCAGAGGCUGAACGAUCGCCGGAAUGUGAUCCAUCGUAGGGUGGAAGGACCGGAUGCAACUUUUCUUCAGGAGUUUAAACAG